CGCAUUCUGCAUUCCUCAUUCCGUUUCGGCGUCGCGGCGAGAUAACGCGCGUUAUUUAUUUCGUUUUAGUUUUAAGUUAGCGCGUUUUUACCCACCGCCGGUGUCGCCCAAAUAAUGCUAGACACAGCCUAGCGCAACGGCAAACCAUCAUCAAUCACUUAAACCGCCACACAAGCAGAGACCGAAACGGAGCCAUGGGCCGCAGCCGUAGUCCCGCCUCGCCGGCGCACAGGAGACGCGAGAAGGAGAGAUCCGAGCGAAAGAAGCGCAGGGAGCGCCGUUCCCGGGAACGGGAGGCCAUCGGAGUAGCGCCCGCCGGAGGAUCCGGAUCUGGAGGCGCCGGUCGCCGCGACCGGGAACGGGAUCGCGACCGCAGUCGCAGCCGAGAUCGGGAGCGGGAACGGGAGCGCGAUCGUGCGCGGAGUCGGCGAUCUAGAUCGCGGUCGAGGGUCGCCGGAGGAGGAGGCGGCGGCGGAAGCAGCGGCGGCAACAGCAGCUCCGGACCAUCGACGUCGCGAAGGACGACGAGGAACAAUGCGGCGGCCACAGCUGCCGACCGGCCCAAGAUCAACGAGGCGGACCUGGAGGGUAAAUCGCCGGAAGAGGUCGAGAUGCUGAAGACAAUGGGAUUCUGCACGUUCGACACCACCAAGAACAGGAAGGUCGAGGGCAACGAUGUCGGAGAAGUGCAUGUAAUCCUCAAGCGAAAGUACCGCCAGUACAUGAAUCGCAAGGGUGGCUUCAACCGGCCGCUCGAUUUCGUGGCAUAGCAGUGCCUAGCAGCAGCCGUUGGCGUUGUCCUUGCAAUUGCCAUUGCCAACGCCAUCGCCAUCGCAGCAGUCAUCCUUUACCGUUGCCCAACUAGUUUGCUUCGCUUUUUUACUUGUCCGUGCCCAAUGGGCAAAAUGGGCGGCGGACGAAGACCUGCAAUUUUAUGCAAUAGACCGGUUUACGAAAUUCAGCCAGCUUUUGGCCCAUCCAAAUUUCCACGCACCCAGCUAGUUCAGCACGAGGACAGCCUCGCCACACACAUACCUCAAUUAGUUAUUUAGUAGUCUAAGCCUGAAGUGCGCCUUUGUUAUAGAGUUGGCCGCCAGGUUAAUUUUACAACAAAAGUCUGGGGCUGAAAGCCAGCCAUCCCAGCCGUUCUCGGAUGGCGAAUCUGCUUUCAGCUGCAGUCGACGACGCACGACGAUUGCUUUUUGAAUAUUUCAAAGUAAUUAACAAUGUUUUUGUUGACAUCUCGCCAUUUUGUACGCAUACGAACGAAUUAACUGAAGCCAGCCUGAGAAACCCAAAUUCACAACAGCAAAAUUUCCAAACUCACACACAGACAAUUACUUAAAGUAUUUGAAAACUUACCACAGCCCGAAACGCACUAUCCACAUCCAGAUCCCCAUCCCGAUCCUGAUCCCCCAACCGCAACUGAAAAGACCUCCCAACAAACUUCCUCCAUACGCUGCAAUAGUACAAGUUUUACAACCAAACAAUAUAUAUCAAAUAUAUAUUUAAAUAUAGAAAUUAUAUAUACACACACACCACAAGUACCUUACCCCGCAACCCCCGGAACGAACCCAACAAUAGCCAUAGCAAUUUGUUGAAAGAACUAUUAUUUGUUGAACAAUCAAAAUGUAAUUAAUCCAGUUAAUUCCGAUUUCAAUCACAAGUGCCAACAGAUCAGGCAAGCAACGCUGAAGAUGAAUCACGUUUGAUACAGAUUACAGAUAUUUGUAUAAUCACUCUUUUGUACUCUUUUAUAAGAUAGUAGGCAUGAAUAUUUGUACGCCUCGACGAGCUAACUAUUUUAAGCCACCGUUUCAGUUACCCAUUUCUUUGCGUUUGGAAAACAGCCACAUGUAUUGGAAAAUUUGAACCAUUUUGGACCAGCACCACCCACACACAUCUUAUAACAAUUAUUUGUAGUUUUACACACACGAAAUUGCAGGGAUUUUGUCUUAUUUCAUAUUCUCCUACAAUAAACUGAUAAUAAAUUUGUAAAACCA